AUGGUCGGCAAGAAACGACCGCGUGAUAACACUGACAAUGUUUCAUCAAAUGGUGCACCUGCCAAAAUUCAGCACAAGAAGGAUGUACCAUCAACUUCUGCAAAUCCACCGACCGAGCCAGUCGUGAUCGAUCUUGUGUCAGAUUCAGAGGAGGCCGUUGGGGAUCCUGAAGAAGAAAACAAUGACGAAACAAACUUUGCCUAUUCAGAUGUAGUUCAAAAGUUCAUCGAUUCUCUGCCUGCUAGCGGACCAUACACCAUUGCAAACAUCAAUGCAAUUGUGAACAAAGAAAAGUAUAUGAGGACUCCUGAAGAGUUUCGCAAAAUUUGUGAGCUAACGAUUCCAGAUGGAGACCCCCGCUUCAAUUACCAUAAAUUUUCAAAAGAAGUUGUGGUAACAGCAAGGCGUGCGAUAUACGCUACUUUAUAUGAUGAUGAUGAUUCGCCAACUGAAAAAAUGUUCUUCCAAAACUUGGUUUAUAUGGUCGACGUAAAAUCUUUGACGUUACCACCUGACACUGCAGAAGAACACCUCGAACGUGCUCUUUGCAUGCUGCGGAAAUUUGGAAAACUACCGGAAGCAGAGAACAUUAUCCUUAAAGAAUUGCUGCUUAUCCGCAAAACCAGAGAAGACAACCAAAAGUUUUUGGAUUAUGAAGGAACGAUGGACAAAUUCAAACUCAUCCUGAAUGAACUGGAUGAAGCUCUUUCUUUGGAUGCUGCUCGAGGAUUGUUCCAAAUGGCAAAUGUUCUCCCUCAUUUUUGCAUGGCACUGCAAGGAUGCUGGGCAACUCACGUGAAUUUUUGUCUGGCGGGCAAAGAGGAGUUCCCAGAUUUUUUUGAAGAAAUAGAAAAUUAUGAAGAGAUAUCUAAGUUCACGACCAACACUCCUUUGCCACGAGUGCGAAAAUCUGCCCAGCUCAAGAAGAAGACAACCGAGACAAUCAUUCCAAUCGACUCUCUAAUUGCUUCACUCCUUGCUGACUUUGAGGAUGAUGGAAUCAUUUCCCUUCCCCAUAUUGGGUUGUCCAUGGACGUGUUGAAAUACAUGAAACUUCCGAACAAGGCUCGUGAAAUGUGGAAACUUGUGAUUCCGAAAGAUCAGAAGGAGUUUGAGUUUGGUGGACGUAAUUUCAAACGAGAAUCGCUGGAAAUAGUGAGACGCGCCAUCUACGCGUCUUUGUGCAAAAAAGAAUAUCUGAAUGAAAAGGAAGACUACAAAAACUUAGUUUUCAUGAUUGAUUUAAAGAUUUACGACUACUCGGUAGAAAACUCGAUGAGUUUUCUUUCUGAUGCUCUCAAACUUCUGCAGUAUGUUGGACACAUUCCGGAAGCAGAGAAUGAUAUUCUCAAUCAAAUUUGGACAAUCCAAUCGAAGAAUCUGACCAAGAAAGAUCAAUCGGAAAAUGUUUGCGAAAGAAGCCCGUUAGUUAUUCUGGAAAAACUGAAAUCAACAACAUCGAAAAAAGAUGCUGAUGAUGCGAUCUGGGAUCUGCAAGAGCUUGUUCUUCCAAGUGUUUUGGCAGCAAUCAAAGGAGCAUGGAUUCUUCACAAUAACUCGAAUACAAGUACGGACAAGCUUCCGGAUUACUUCAGCAAAAUAACACAGAAUCCAAAAUGGAUUAUUCGUGAUGCCAUUUUAAUUGAACCAUCUGAUCAAUUUGCAUAUCUCAGAACGCAUUACCCGCGAUACAGCAGACCUUACGAGUCAUUAAUUAAUGACUUUAUAAAUAGUUUGAAUAAAUCAAACAAAUUGAAAAUGAAGACCAUAAAAGAGUUCGAUGAUUUCAUAGACAAAAGGAAACUCAUUCAACUUCCACACGGAGUUUAUGAGAUUUGUCACCGUGCUCGUUGUGAUGAUGGCUACCUGUUUGAAGGUCAUUAUUAUAACAAGUACGUUGUCAAAUGCGCUGCUAUGGCAGUAUUUUCUCAUUUAUACCCCGGGAAGUACUUUACUGAAAGAGGAUUCUAUAGAAUGCUGAUUUAUAUGAUUUUUGUCCGUCGCGAAGAUUUCGAAGCUAGAGGCAGUGUCUUGAAUUCUCUUCAAGUCGCUCUGCAGUUGUUGAAGGACUGUGGAGGUCACAAAGAUGCUGAACGAGAUCUGUGCGAGCAAAUGUUUGCGCUUUGGCAAAUCAAAGAGAAAGAUCUGGGAACAUUCGAUGAUGUGCAGGAGGAAGUGCGCUCAGAUCUUGUGAACAAACUGCCCACCAAUCCAGAAGGGAGAAAUGAUGCUGUGAAUGAACAUUUCAAACAUUUUGCACGCAAUAAGUUGCCGUCUAUCGUUCUCGCUUACCAAGGCCAUCAUUUGAUCAGAAAGAACAAGUUUCUUGCAAAAAUUCCUUGGACUGAUUAG